CCCCCAAUUCCCCGCCAGAAAGAAAUAGAAUCCCUCUCCCUCCCCAAGAUACAACUAUGGCAUCCAGUCCGAACAACACCGCCUUCGCUCAACCGGCUGCCGGAAGACCCCAAGCCUCGCAUCCAUCUCCGUGCCCAGUUUACCAGCAGCAGCAGUACUACCUUAACAACAGCAACUGCCAAAACCUCCCUCCCAGAUCCCAAACCUAGAUUCCCAUCUCUAGUUCCCCGCCCCCUGCCCAAAACGCCAUCGUAUAUCCUCUUGCUUCGUCCGGCCACGGCUUCGUUCCGGGCACUCUCCGCCCCUCCGAUCACAGCUUUCCCCUCUCUAAUAACACCACUCCCUCUACUCUUCUUCUUCGCGGGACCUUCAAUCCCUCUUCCUCCGCCCUUAGUUACAGGCCAGCCUCUCCAUCUCCCUUGCUCUCUCAUCCUCAAUAUCCAACUCUCUCCAGGCAACCGCCUUCCAAUCCCAACCCUCUCCAUACCCCCGUUCCUUCUCCUCCCGCUUCAGCGGCCCCUAUCAAGGGAAUCCCCCAUCCUUGCCAACUCAUGGUUGCCCCAUCUCCUUCCUCAGUUUCUGAUUCUAGUGGCUACAAAAAUACAAGGGACGUAACAGAUGAUGCUGUCAUUGUAGUUAGAGAUCGAAAAGUAAGAAUAUCUGGUGGAGCUUCUCUUUAUGCACUUUGUCGAUCAUGGUUGAGAAACGGUGUUGCUGAGGAAAGCCAGACACCCUAUAGCGAAGGUGCAAAGACUCUCCCAAGACCCUUGCCAUUACCUGUGGUGGAUAGCAAUUCACCAAGUAAGGAAGAUGAAGGAGAAGACACUGACGAGGCUGAAGAAACUGUUAAACAUUUAUCAGCGCAAGACUUGUUAAAGAGGCACAUCAAGCAUGCAAAAAAGGUUCGAGCAAGAUUAAGGGAAGAACGGUUGAUUAGAAUCGCAAGGUACAAAACUAGGUUGGCUCUUCUUCUUCUCCCAAAGCAGAGCAGUUUAGAAAUGACACAGCAGCUGGUAACUGAACUGAGGCAGGGGAUGGGCAUAAUGAAGAAGUAGGGGAGUGCCAAAUGAAAGAGGUUCUCUUUCCUAUUCUCCCUGGAAAGCAAGAUCAGCCGGCUUAUAUUCCCUGUCAUGUGGUGAGUGGUGACCUGAUGUUUCAGUUUGCCUCUGUCAAUGACUACUUGCAAGAAUUAAGGCACCUGUAUUAACUUCCACCAAACGGUAGUUGGCGGAAAUGCAAAAAGUGGAAGAUUGAAGUAGUAUUGGUCGCUCGAGUAGGAUGCUUGUAUUGUAGCGCGUGACUGAACUCUGAAUUCAUUUCCAGACCAUUAUGAUAUUGAUAACACUGAUGUCUUCCAUAGCAUGUUCAUGUGUAAACUAUACCAGCUGAUGCGUCGUAUGGUUCUAAUCUUACCUUCGAAACCGCGGGCCUGGACUGACCUUGGUGUCUCCUGGCUCACGGGCUAUGGACCACAGGUUCAGAUUUUAUGAUGGGGCACGACAAUUUACAUCUAAAAAUAAUUUUGUAUCGCAUCGAUUAGAUUAUUUACAAAGCAUUUUUAUAAGGUUAGAUCAAUUAUAAGAAUUGA